AUGUCAAACAUAGAUAUGGAUUUCCCAAUGGUCCUCUCCGCUCCUGCGGUAGGAUCAGGACCCAUCGGACAAGCCGGAGAAAGUGGACAAGGUGGAUGGUUCCCUCCUAUACCUAAUUUGACCUCAUUACCUGUUGACAAGUCCAAGACGGACCCGAAACCUGCUUAUUACAAGUUACAAUUCGGUGAUGAAGUUACAGGGUUCUCUUACUAUGUUAGGACGUUGGCGGUGAUGAUUGGUAGGAAUACUGAUCGUAAUGGUGCUGUUUUACCCCCACCGUCGAUAACAGCUCCUUCCGUGCCGAUAAAUCCGCCAUUAGAUCCCAAUCAGCCAUCCCCGCCGCUACCGGCGCCUUCUCUCGUUGACAUACCCAGCACUUCUGUACCAACAAUCAUUGAAUUUCCUACCCCGCCAAUUCAACAACAUACCUCAUUCUCUGUCCCGCCACAAUCACCUCCUCAUCCUUCCUCUGCACCUCUAUCAACAGAGUUUUUACAAGAUGGAUUUUCAGCGCCCCCUCGAGCCCAAAGUGAAGGUAUGAUAGAUCACUCCAUACCGCCUGAUCUAUCGUUUUUACAGGAUGAGGAUUAUCCAGCUAUCGAUAUGGGUGGAUUCGGAGUAUUGGAAGAACUUGCAGAAGUUGUCAAAGUUGAACAGAACCGUGCGGCAAGUGCUCAGCGGAGUGUCGAACCCGACUCAAGUUCGUCCCGACCUCAAUCUCAACCUCCUGUCAAGUCAGAACCAAUCGAAAAUAUCCCACAAUCUUCAGCUGAACCUGCACCUAUCGAUGAUAGGACGUCACAAAUAGGAUCUGUCGAACCUGUCAAUCCUUCAGGACCAGCUGACUCUGCCAAUAUGAAUAUGGACUUAGAUAAUCCACAAAUAACGCACAAAGAUGUCGUUCAGCUGGAUAUGGGUUUGAGUCAGGUCAAAUUGGAACACCUAGAUGAUCUAGCUCCUCCUCCACCCCCACCACCUCCUCCAGCCAAAUCAUCUGCACCAGUAGAACAUGUCGAUGUAGAUCUUGGACCAUUGAAGUCUGUCUCGAGAAAUCACGCUAAGAUCGAAUACAGAGCGGACUUGGGGCAUUUUUGCUUAGAGAUCUUUGGGAGAAAUGGCGCUUGGGUUGAUGAUAGGUAUUUUGUGAAAGGGUCAAUUGUACCUCUCGCUCAAGGCUCCCAAAUCCAAAUCGCCACACGAAUCUUCUCUUUCGUCCUUCCUCCUUCUCCUGUUUCUUCGCCAACCUACACGCACUAUGCUCUUGAUGGAGUGACACCCGACAUAAAUGAGGACCUUCCAUACCCCUACAACUUGCCUGCAAGUGAAGUGGGCUAUCAGGAAUUCUACGGUGAACCUGGACCAGGCCCUUCUUCAGCUGCUUCGAUGGCUGCUCGAGCUCCACCUAUAUUCAACGCUUUCGCAGCUGCUGAUGGAUACGGGCUAGGUAUAGAGGGUGUGGGUGAAGAUAGUUGGUUAGGUUGGAAUUCGGAUGACGAUGAUGGCAAUGAUAGUGAUGAUGAUAGCGAAGAAGAACUGGACGAAAGCGGUGAAGAGUGGGAAGAAGAGGAAUACAUCCCACCAGAAGCUUCAGCAGCAACGUCAAAAUCGAAAUCGAAAGCGAAAUCGAAAUCCACCAAGACCGUUCUAGUUCCCGGAGAAGACGAAUCGGAGUUAUCAUCAGUAGUCAGUGAAUCCAACGAACCCAACGAAGGAGAGGAUGGGACGAAGAAGAAAACCAAGAAGUCUACUGUCCCUUCCGGUAACAAGCCUAAACCUAUCGCUCCUGCUCCUCCGACAGCUGUGGAUACUGUUACAACGGAUUUGCCGAUAACGGCAGGAUCGACAAAUGGUAGGAAACCGUCCAUAGUGGAAAGUGUCGCUGCCGAAGAUCCUACGAUAGAUGGGAAAACAGCUUCUCCCAAGAAAACCACGAAGAAACAAGAUAAGAAGGGCGAGGAGAAAGACCCUGAGACUAAAGAAAAGCAGCAGGCAGAAGAGGGUGACAUGCAGGUGGAUGAUGGAAAGAAGAAAAAGAAGAAGAAGCCUAAGCCCAAAUCUGAUGAGGCGACGGCAACGACGAAAGAGGAAGUGGUCGAUGGAAAUGCUGCGGCCAAUGUGGAAGAGGGUGACGCUGCAAAAGCGACUCCGGCGAAGAAGACAAAAAAAGCGAAAGCAAGUGAAACUUCUGCUGCUGGUGCUAAUGGGGAAGAGGAUGUCAAACCCACGGUACCUGGAGAGAAAAAGAAGAAGAAGAAAAAGCCAAAAGCGGAUGCGGAAAGCAAGGGUGCGGAUGAUAAAGCUGCUCCUGCUCAAUCGGCAACAUCUGCAACGACAAAUCCAUCUGGACCCCCUACGCUCGCUGCUGCUCUUCCGCCUGCUCCAACUGCUCCUCCACCUCAUGUUCCGCCGACUAUGCCGACUCUCGCUGCAGCUAUGGGUCCGGUCGCUUCAACUGCUGUACCAUCUGUCUCAAAUACAGCGCCUCAGCAACCUGCUGUUCGUCGUCCUGGCCCAUCUGUGGUCCCUCCACAUGUCAUGCCAGGUCAAGGUCAACCAAUGCAACCCACUCAGCCGCUUCAGCCUGGUCAACAAGCAAUACGGCCAAUGCCUGGCCAGCCGAUGCCUCCUCGUCCACCUAUGCAAGGGCCAGGCGUUCGACCUCCUCAUUCACAGCACAUGCAGAACCCUCCGCAUCCCAACGCUCAGUAUGUCCGUCCACCUAUCCCAGGUCAGCCACAUCCUCAACAGAACCAGUUGCCUGGUCAGGGGCAGAUGCCAAAUCAGCAUUCGUACCCUGGAGGGCCCGGACAACCUCAUCCUUCCCAGAUUGCUCGACCUCCCCCUGGAUAUCCUAUGCCACCUCAAAAUCGUUCUACACCUCCCACGGCUCCUCCGUCACCUCAGCCAUUACCUCCAUUCUACUGCACCGAGCUAAAUGAAACUCCCGGUCAGCCAGGUCAUAUCAUUGUCAAUGUCCCUAUUCCUCCUUCAGGUGCCGGGCCUCGACCUCCUCCUGGGCCGCUCCUUGGUCUGGAUGGCAAACCAUUCAUUGGUCCGCCACCUCUCAAACCCACUCAGACUUUCGCUACUAUUAUUCAUCGAGCCUUACAAUGUCUCCCACGGGGACGAGGUACUUUAGGAGAAGUCUGUAAUUGGGUAGCAGGAGAGUGGGAAUGGUUUAGGCUGAACGUUGAUUCAGGAUGGCAGAAUUCCAUUCGACAUAACUUGUCUUUGAAUAAAGCGUUCCUAAAAGUACCUCGUAUACCUGAAGAUGAUCCUGAAUCGAAAGGAUCUGUAUGGAUCAUCGAUCCGGAAGAGGGACCGUUGUUCGAGGAGAAACAAAGGAAAGACGCCAUGAAGUCGGCCAGUAAGGAUAAGAAUGCUGAUGCUCGUCGUGAGAAAGAGAGGAUUAGGGCCGAGGAGAAAGCCAAGAGACAACGUGAAGCUGCUAUUGAAGCCGCACGAAACCCUCAACCCCAGAUGAUUCAACGUGCUAUACCAGUUGCACCACGACCGAUCGCCAGACCCAUCUCAGCUUCUCAGACACCCACUCCCUCCGCUCCACCUGCACCUGUAUCAGCCAACGUGAAAGGUGUGUUACAGCCCAAAGCGAAGAUCGUUGUCGUCAUGCAACCUAUCACUAGUGCGAUGCGUGCGAAAUCAGUCAUCUCAACUACGGACGCUAAUGGUAACCCCCUACCGUUCGUAUGUGAUGGUACGACUCUCGUUCUGGAUCAAGCGACUUUCGGUCACCUUACGACGGAUAUAUUGGACAAGUUGACGUUGUUGGGCGCAGCCGGUGCGGUAGAUGUGUUAUCAGCUUGGGUGAUCAAUAAGAAUAAACAACAAGCGACGAAAGCUGCUCAAGCUAAAGCUGGUACGGGUACUGGUCCUACUACGACUGCCAACAAGAACGGUACAACGGUCAAUAACGGCAUUCCCAAGCCGGGUGUCACAGCCGCGACGACUGGCACAGGUGUAGUGCGACCGCCUCAACCGACUGCCAAACCGGGGCCAUCUCAACCUGCUAAACCUACUGCCGCACCUGUUAAACCAGGUACGAAUUCUACCAACAAAGCUUUACCUGGCCCUGCACCUCCUGGAACAAGCUUGACGAAAGUAAUUGGUAUGAUCGCUGCUGUCGCCAACGCCAAAGGAGAUGUCAACACUGUUGGACCGAACGCCAGUGCCCUAUUGAGAUAUAUCAGAGUGGUAGGUGUGGAUAUAGAUUUGAGGGUAGCAGAGAGGAUUUGGGCAACGGGUGUGGUCCCUCCCUUGCCUCAGAAGAAGGGCGCAGUGAAUAAACCGAAUAGUAAUGGAAUGACCAAUGGGGUGAACAAACCGUCCAACCCGACUACCUCGGGUGCUAGUACUGCACCUAAACCAGCCGGAAAUUCUGGAACGACUGCUCAAAUCAAUACGGCUAAACCUUCGACACCAGCAACAACAGCUAAUACAGCUUCUGUGGGUAAACCUGUUACAGCUGCUACGCAGGCGGCGGCUACACCUACACCAUCAGCAUCUAAAGUCGGCACUAUCCCACCUUCUACACCGGUACCAACGGUUUUGAAAAGAAAACUGGAAGAUGAUACUACAGCAUCGGCUGCACCUCCAAAACCUUUGGCUAGCGGAACGGGCAAUAGCGCCUCGAAUCCGAUCGUAGUUGGUGGAGGCCCCAGUUCGGGUAGUAUGGAACAAGAGGCUAAGAAACCUAGAUUGGAGACUUCUGGCGCUUAA